AAAAUUAGAAGGGAAUUUAGAAAUCCUACUAAAUACAGAAAUAUAAAAAUUUAAUGGAUUAAAAAUAUAAACAUUUUCGAAUUGCAAAAGAAAGGAAAACACAAAAAAAUAGAAUUUCCUGUUAAACGGAUUUCAGAGUGGCGAUAUCGAUAAGAAGUAACAUCCUCCGGUACAACAGAACAAAGGAAAGCAUACGAUCGCGGGCAGCACUUUUAAUUAAAUGAAUUUCGUUCUGGUAUUCGUCAUCCUUUCGAUUUUCCACCAAUUAACGACCGAUGCCAAGGAAGCGGCGUGUCCGGGCAACUUCCAAAAAGUGGAGGAGCGGUGUUUGGCCACGUUUCGCCGAGCGGAAACCUGGGAACGAGCGUACAACGUGUGCAGAAACCAGAACGGUUACCUGUUACACCUGGAAGGAAUGAAUUUCGACGCCGUCAGCAAGUACGCCGAGGACGAGAAAGUGGACGAGAUUCACCUGGGAAUCAAGUGGAGAAAAAAUAAUUAUUUAUCGCAGGAGGGAAGUCCUAAAGUUUUCAACCAAACGGGAUUUUACGCCAAAGAAAAGUUUAAGUGGAAGGACGAGAAAUUCGCGGGAGGUUGCCUGUCGUUCAGAUUUUCGACCCGGGAGUUGGACGACGUGUCUUGCAGUCGUCAUCGAUCCGCUUUCAUCUGUCGGUGGGAAAACGAGACGAAAACUCCCUUACUCUGCGACCCAGACUGGACCUAUUCCUACCUUUCCGGCAGUUGUCUUAAAGAGGUCGAUGUCUCCGGGUCUUCGCACCACGAUUGCCGAGGUCGAUUCUUCCGCCCGGAGAGUCGGGAUUGGCCCGUGUCAUCCUGGAAAUUGGACCGAAGUGACCGGAACGAUAGCCGAGCACGGGGUGAAACUCCCGACGAUUGCGUGGAAAAUUACUCGAACGAUGGCACGAUCGGGCAAAACUGCUCCCGGAAGAAUGGUUAUUUUUGCGAAAAGGAAGCCAAGAAAAUCGAGAUAAAAGCCGCGAUAAAACCCGGCCACAAAGUACUGGCUUCUUUCAAACAAUACGCCAAUUUGAUCUUCUCCAUGGACGUGGAGGUGAGGAUCGACGGAAAGAAGUACGAUUACUGGGAAUUAACGGACGUCGUCUGGUGGAAGAACGAUUAUCCCGCUUUGUACGGAAACACUACUUACCGCCCUUAUUAUCGCGUAGGGAGCAUUCUGUCCAUCGCCACCCAUUAUUAUUAUUCGUUUAAAUUACCCGGUAAUCCUUACGUCGUAUUUUCCGACAAUGCGGACAUUUCGGCUUCGGAACUCUCCACCUACCUUUUAACCUUGACGAUUCCAAGCAUCUAUUCAAACGAAAGCGUACAAGACGAAAUAAGAAUGAUAUAUAAAGAACUGGAUUCGAAUCAAAACGUAACUUCCAUGAUUAAAGCCUUUAAGAGAAAAAAUAAGAGUGGUCAAAUCGGCUGGAGACUUACGAACGUGGCCAAGAAGGACGAUAAAAUUGUGGUGGACAUCGUGCUCCUUUUCCCGUAUUUAAAGGACGAAGAAAACGAAAAGGAAAGAAUUCUGCUUUCGUUGCAGAAAUUCAUAAAUAAUUCCGGCACUAAAUAUUUCCGAAAGUGGGAAGUCGACAGUUUCAAACUGACAUUUUCGGGUCGAUGCUUCAGAGAAGAACGUCGAUUCAAUAAUACGAAUUUCACCUGGAACGACACUUAUUAUUCUCAAUCGGCGGUAUCUUCUCCUCCCUGUUUAACCGAUAAGUGGGAACUGGUGACCAGGAAGUGCCGAGGAGAAUAUGCCAAAGAAUCGAAAUGGGAGGACUUCGACUACUCCAAAUGCCUUCGGUCUAAUCAGUUUUCAGCCAAUCCGCCCCCUCGCCGAUGCGCGCCGGGAUACGCCGCCUGGAAAUUCAACCUGUGUCUGCGACAAUACCGAGAGGAAUUAAACUGGUCGGAUGCGGUCGAAAAAUGCGGCAAAAACGGCGGAUACUUAUUUUCUCCCCGCAUCGAAGCUAAUAAUCGGGUGAAGGAUUUCGACUUCUUUUCCGAACCGGAAAGGCGGAAGGAAGUGUGGCUGGGAGGACGCCGAAAUGCCGGCCAGUUUCAGUGGAUGGCGUUUUAUCCCGAAACCAUAAACGCAAGCGGCGCCAUGACAUUUCGUUGGGAGAAAGGACAACCCGCGCCGGGCAACGACUGUCUGAGCGGAGUAAUUGGCCGGCGGGAAAUUCUUCUGUACAGCCGACGGUGCCGGGAGAAACGGCCUUUCUGGUGCAUGCAUAAAGAGUUCGGUGAAGAACAAUUAUCCUAUAAUUGUCCCGACGGUUGGAAAAGCUUGCCUUGGCUGGGGAAGUGUUACCGGCUGAUGGAAAUAAAAACGAAUUGGAGGCGAUGGCGAGAGUAUUGCGAAAAACAAGGAGGAAGAUUGGCCACCCUCGAGCUCCCCGAAGUCAAUACCUUGGUUAAAAGUUUAAUAUUGGAGCGUAACCAUACAAAUUCCGGCUGGUGGAUCGGACUUCGGAGAUCGGACGAAGGACUUAUUUGGGAGGACGAAGGCGAAACCGUUCGGUACGUGAAUUGGGCGGCGGAUACGGAUUUCGGGCCGAAUUACACGGCCGGAUUAGUGAAGGUCGAAGGUUCCGGCGUUUUCUGGUCUCUGGACGAUCCAGAAAAAGAUCACUUUGGCAUCUGCCAAUCGACGGUCGAAGAUUCAAGAGUUUCCUGCGAAAUAAUCGUUGUUUCCGAAGGUGUAUUCAAAUGCCUUCCUAGUAAAAGUUAUUACAAAAGUGUCACGUGGUAUAAAGAUGGCGUUAUCGUCAACGGAACGCGAGGAUUGAUGACCGGCGGCGACGAAUAUUUAACCGUACGAAAUUUACUUUCUACAAAUACGAGCUUAGCCCGGGGUCGACUCCAGGGCUAUUAUUGGUGCCUGGUGGAUCAGAAGCGACCUUUCGUCUCCGUCGCUUCGCCCCGGAUACUUUUCACCUUCAAAAACGUGUGGACGUUCGUCGGCGAGUUCGAUUCUUCUAUGGACUUUCUUCGAUUAGAUCCGAGCACGGAGGAAUAUUUUAUUCGAUGUCGGAACAUCGGCGAAAAGAUCGAAAAAGCUUUAACUUCCGUCGGACAGACUGCCGUACACGUACAUCGACUAUCGGAGACAAAAGGUAAAAUAAAAGUAAACUUUUUCAUCUACACACGCUCUUCGAGUAAGAAGAGAGAAACAAAAGUGGACGAAAAUAAAGAGAAGUUAUUACACGAACUGCAGAACGGAAUGACCCGUAGUUCCAGUUUAUUAUCGGAAUUGAAAAUAUCGCCGGAAAGUAUUCGAAUUAAAAAUACAGACGGUUGCUUUACGACGACAACGGAGGCGGGCGACAGAAACGUAACUUGGCCUAGAAAAAAUGUCGGUGAAAUCGCUUUACCCCUAGAAGACUGCGUGACAGACAGAGGCGAUCCCGUGGUUAGAAGGUGUUUGGGAAAUUUCACUUACGGCGCUUAUUGGGGUCCCGUGGACGGAAAAUGCCGGGGAGAACUCUCCGACCUCACUCUACGAUUGAAAGAAUUAUCUACGAGCGAUGACGUAAACGUUACCAAACAGUUAAGUAAUUUAGUAAACGAGUGGCCCCGAAUUCGAGCAAUCGACAUUCACUACGUGGCUACUUGCUUGGAGAAGGUUUCCACCGAACCAAAUUUCCAAAAUCCACAAGAAUCGUUCGAAGAAAUCGCCUCGACCAUCGACAAUUUAAUGAAGAUGGACUCUUCCGUUUUGGCCUCGGCAAAUACUAAAACCAACGCUUCUUCCAGAAUUACAGCCUCGCUGGAGAGUAUGCUAGAGGCCAAUAACGUUUUUAUAAAUACAAGUAACGAAAACAUAAUUAUUGCGUCUCACCCGCUGACCUCGGAAAAUGUGGAAGUCGGAAUAUUUCUACCCCUGGAUACAAACCGGGUGAAGAGUUUACACCAGGAUACAUUAUUAAAUGACGAAUAUAGAGUAAGAAUACGUCUCCCUCGGGACGUGUCGAAAGAGAAAGCUUCGUCUAACGCCACUUUUAAUUACGUCGUAUACGAGAACGAUGCCAUGUUCUUCACCCACCGCACCGAUCGAGCCGUAGUCAGUAACGUUCUGUACGCCCGCCCGACGGGAGCUCCCGUUCGUUUGCCUUCCAAAAGAAUAGAAAUCGCAUUUCGAGUGUUCACGAUUCCCGGCCAAAUACCCCACAGUUCGAGGUGCGUUUUUUGGGAUUAUUCUGCCAACCGUAAAAUGGGAGAUUGGUCCGAUCUGGGUUGCGAAAUAACAAACCGAACCGCCCGUCGAGUGGUAUGUCAUUGCGAUCACAUGACUAACUUCGCCGUUUUGGUGAAUUUACAUCCGGAUUACGUGGAGCGAGAGAUACACGCCGUAGUCUUGGAUAUUUUCACCUACAUGGGGUGCGCGCUUUCCAUAAUGGGACUCGUAUUAACACUAAGCAGUUUCGUGAUGUUCAAAAAACUGAGAAAAGGAGUGGUGAGCAAGGUUCUGUGCAAUUUGGCAUCGGCCAUAUUGUUAAGUCUGAUCGUUUUCGUUUCGGGAAUNAUAGACGACUAA